UGCCCCGGAGUUGGUGCUGGUAGCUGAGCGCGACCUGCCUGAACCGAGAGACCGAGCCGCCGAGCCGGCGCCGCCACCAACCCCGCCCCGCCCCGGCGAAGAGUUCAAAGGGGCGGCGGCCUCCUCGGUCUUGUCGAUCGACGACAGCGAGUUCGCGCUGGGACUGGGAUUUGGUAUUUCUGGCCGCCCAACCCCACAAAACCCCCACGAAACGUCGAAACCCCCACCCGCAUUCCUCCUCCCCUGGGCUCGCCAACAAAAGGCCCCCAUCUUCCUCGGUCAGCUGGAGCCUGGAGCCAGCCAGCCUGCCUGUCCCGGUUCAGCUUCAGCUUGCUCGCAUCGGCCUCGCUUCUGAGUUCUGAGUGAGCUGUGACGAGGAGGGGGUUGGCGGGUGAGGAAGCCAUGGUGGGGAGCUACGCGAACGGUGGCGGGGCUGCGGCGCUGGUGGCGGAGGAGAAGCUGGACGCGCUGCGGCGGUUGCUGGGGAAGUCGGACGGCGACCCGCUGCGGGUCGUCGGGGUGGGCGCCGGGGCGUGGGGGAGCGUGUUCUGCGCGCUGCUGCAGGACGCGUACGGCCGGCACCGCGACCGGGUGCAGGUGCGCGUGUGGCGCCGCGCUGGCCGCGCCGUGGACCGCGCCGACGCCGAGCGCCUCUUCGAGGUCAUCAACUCCCGCGAGGACGUGCUGCGGCGGCUCAUCCGACGCUGCGCCUACCUCAAGUACGUCGAGGCGCGGCUCGGGGACCGCACGCUGCACGCCGACGAGAUCCUCCGCGACGGCUUCUGCCUCAACAUGCUCGACACCCCGCUCUGCCCGCUCAAGGUCGUCACCAACCUGCAGGAGGCCGUCUGGGACGCCGACAUAGUCGUCAACGGCCUGCCCUCCACGGAGACCAGGGAGGUGUUCGGGGAGAUUGGGAGGUACUGGAAGGAGCGAAUCACCCAGCCGCUCAUUAUCUCGCUGGCAAAGGGGAUCGAGGCGUCGCUCGACCCUGUGCCCCGGAUCAUUACGCCCACGCAGAUGAUCAGCAAUGCAACUGGAGUUCCGUUGGAGAACAUUCUGUAUCUUGGAGGCCCAAACAUUGCUUCUGAGAUUUAUAACAAAGAAUAUGCGAAUGCUCGCAUAUGUGGAGCUGACAAGUGGAGGAAACCUCUUGCAAAUUUCUUGAGGCAACCCCAUUUCAUUGUAUGGGACAAUAGUGAUCUCAUUACUCAUGAAGUCAUGGGCGGCUUAAAAAACGUAUAUGCCAUUGGGGCUGGUAUGGUGGCAGCCCUUACCAAUGAGAGUGCAACCAGCAAAUCAGUAUACUUUUCACUUUGCACAUCUGAAAUGAUAUACAUCACCCAUCUUCUAGCACGAGAGCCCGAGAAACUUGCAGGGCCCUUAUUAGCUGACACAUACGUCACCCUGCUGAAAGGUCGCAAUGCAUGGUACGGGCAGAAGUUAGCUAAGGGAGAACUGACUCUAGAAAUGGGGGACAGCAUCAAAGGCAAAGGGACUAUCCAGGGUGUUUCUGCAGUCAAUGCAUUUUAUGAACUGCUGAGCCAGGGAAGCCUAAGCGUGAUGCAUCCAGAAACCAAGAAGGCUGUUGCUCCUGUUGAGCUAUGCCCAAUACUCAAAACACUUUACAAAAUUUUGAUCAAGAGGGAGCUUACGACCAAUUCCAUCCUCCAGGCAAUACGUGAUGAAUCAAUGUAUGAUCCACGGGAAAGAAUUGAAAUGGCGCAGAGGCAGUCUCUUUUCCGGCCAUCUCUUCUUGGCCUAGCUAAAGGUGAUGCCAAGGCCUAAGAUAUGGUGUUUGUUUCUUCCUGAAAUACGUAUUUCCAUGUGAGUUUGCAGGAGGCGCGUACUGGCCUUCAAGAUCCUUACUUACGUGCCUCAGAUGUGUGUUGGGUGCACGCUAUAGAGUUCGAUGAUGUGCAUGCCAGGAUAAACUUUAUGGCCCGUGUCUGUACAUAACGUGUUGUGAUUCAAAUUUAUUUGUCAUGAGUAAAGAUGUGCAUUCCUUUUUAUUUUAUGAUGGAUUUGGAGUCUCAUAAUUGGUUGUAAGUUGUAACUCAGAAGCAAAAGCUAUGUUCUGAUCUCCACUGAUAUGGUCAUAUGAAUGAAACAGAAGUUUUCACUA